UGGCUGCAGGAUGAUCUUCUAUUGUGGUCAGGAACAUCAGAAGCAGCACUGGAAGAAGCACAAAUCUUUGUGCAAAGCCAUACGGAACGUGCUGCGAAACUACAGCAUGGAUUAUGGCGGUGAAACUACAGAGGUAUGGGCCAGCAAGAAGCUGAUCUUCGCGCAGCUAGUGUCGUCCAAGCUAGGACGUCGCCUGAAUAUGGAUGAGAUGCAAAUGAUCUGUUUUCCAAGAGAGUGCCUAGUUUGCCACGAACGGAACAAGUCGUUGGAGAGUUGUCAGAAGUGUGCUGCCAACUUCUGUAAAAAUCACAAAGACGGCAUUGAGCACAAAGGCAUAUGCGCUCCCCUGGAACUAUGUCUUUGCACAGAUUUAUUUUCUAUGCGAGAGGGAAACAGUUCUCUGGACUUGCAUUUUUACUUACAACACAUUUCCUGCACGAGUACAUUUCAGAAUAUGAAAGACUUUAUAGAGACUUUUGGGAAUAUUCAGACUGACUCGGAGAUGUCGCACAACGUCUGGGCAGCUCAACACUCAGAAUAUCUGACAUGUUCCUUAACGUUGUUUUAUGUUAUGCGAUUAUUAGAGUAUGUCCCAAAAAGUAAUAAAAAGCUAGUCAUUCAUGUUCUAUGUACGAAUGUGUUCAAAGAAAUCUUGUGGACAUUUUGGGAAAUUUUGCCGCGUUUAAUAGGAACCAUGAUGAUAGUUAUAGUGAUUAUAGGGCCGGAAUUACCAUGUAAAUCAAAUCUGUUAAAUAAUUACGAUAACUGUAUGUCACGAGAGAAAAAAUAUUUGACGUUUGAGUUUCACGACGUAUUAUACGAGAACUAUGCAUGCAGCUCGUCAUUCGUAAAACCGGACUUGGUUGUAGGAUUUAAUCUGUAUAUUCACAAGUAUAAACUUGAAGGAAGAUCCAGUAAGGAAACGUGGGCGCCGUCCAUACAGAUGUUAGCGAAACAAAAUUGUCCGUUCGUCUUAACGUCUGCCACGCAAUAUUCAUUUAAAAAGGAGACAGACAUAAUAAACGCAAUCCUGAAUAAAGAGGUAGACCAUCUGUAUAGCGGAAAGAAUCCAUUCGCCAGCUUAAAACCAUAUAAAACUAUCGAGAUGGAGUACGUAUCUUAUUUAAAUCAAUAUGUAAUUAUCUACAGGAGUCUUUGUUCAUAACUGAUAUGCGUAAUUUAAGCGACCGAUACAAACCAACGGCUUGUAUUUGAUGACGAAGGAAACGUAGCGCGCACGAAAUGACACACACGAAUUAACUGAACUUAACGUUUAAUAAAUGUAACGGAAGAAACGCAGAGAAAAUUAUAUACGUACUACAUCUGCGAAUCGCGACGUGUCUUCACAAAACAAACUCCAAAAGACUGAUAGCCGACAUUCCGAAAUGUCUGCUUAUAUUUAUAAUCCAAAAAUCCUAAAUGACUAUUUUCUAUAAUUGUAUAGUCGAUAAUUGUUUUACAUCAGUCGAGCAUAGUGGAUUAUACGAUUAUAGAUAUAACGGGACACGUGGAUGCGAAUCGAUUGUCUUGCAUGCAUCAAGCAUAAUGGAUUGUAGCUACAGCGAUUAUAGAUA